AAAAAGCGGCAGAACACGAGGAAUCAACAAAGUUUAAUUAUACUCCUCAGGAGAGAGAGAGAGAAAGAGAGAGAGAGAGAAGAUCUUCAUCUAUCGCUCCGUCCUUUCGUGAUUUGCUAUGGAUUCGUGAAGAUUUUUAGCGAUCGAUUAGGGUUUCUUCUAGAGAGAUUUGGAAAAGGUGAGGUUUCACCAUGACGAGACGCCAUGGUUGGCAACGUCCUCUCCACCCACUUCAGAUUGUGGGAGUGGUGAUUUACAGUGUUCUGGUCGUGGCCUUCUACACGUUCCUCGGCCUUUUCCUGGGGAACCGAGUGGCUGUAAUCACUGUUAUCUCAGUCUUCUCCUUUGUGGCAUUCUCGGUUAUAGUUUUAUUUAUUAGGUGCACUGCAAUUGAUCCUUCGGACAAAACGAGUUCCAGGAAGAGGAAAAGGGCCAAGUCCAAAGGGGUCUUGAAGCUGAGCUUCAAGGUUGUAUUGAGUCAGGUUGUUGUGAGGUUCUUCAGAAGGAUAGAGAGGAAAAUACUCAGAAAUUUUAUCAGACGGACGUAUUUGGAUCCAUGGAAAAGCACCGUGCAAUUGGAGCCGCUUCUUCCAUUUCCAUUGGUCAUGACGGAUGAUGCGGUUACACCAGACCCUAGAGAGGAGGAUGACAUCUCUUACUGCUCACUUUGUGAUUUAGAGGUGAGGCGUAGCAGUAAACAUUGCCGGACCUGUAACCGGUGUGUUGAAGGGUUUGAUCAUCAUUGCAGGUGGCUCAAUAACUGCGUGGGGAAAAGGAACUACAGCACAUUCAUGCUCCUGAUGGUUUUCGUCCUGUUGAUGCUAAUCAUAGAAGGUGGAACAGCCAUUGCCAUAUUCAUCAGAUGCUUUGUGGACAAGAAGGAAAUGGAUAUUGAAUUGAGGAGGAGGCUUUAUGUGGAAUUCCCAAGAUGGGCAGUUGCUACAAUAUCCGUUCUGCUGGUUCUAUUGACAGUUUAUGGCUCAGCGGCUAUGGGGCAGCUUUUUUUCUUUCACGUGGUUCUCAUAAGAAAGGGGAUGAGAACAUAUGACUACAUAUUAGCGAUGAGGGAAGAAAACCAACUUACAGAAAUUGAUCCCUUUGACGAUUUAGAUUCAUCUUCAGAUGAAAGCUCUGAUUUUGGUUCACCGGAGAGAUCAAGGCCAAAGCUUAUCUCAAGAUUUAUAUGUGGGAGAACAAACGAGGAUCCGCAGAGGCUAUCCAUACAAAUAGAUGGAGAUGAACACUCACCAUCCACAUUGAUUAGCAAGAAACCGAGCUUCCAUGUAAGCAUCAACCCCUGGAAACUGAUAACUUUAAGCAGCGAAAAGGCUCUGCAAGCAGCCGAGAAGGCACGCGAAAGACUGAGGAAGACAAAACCGGUUUCAGAGUCAGAAGGUUCACUUAAGCCACUUCCGCUAGAGACAAAGUUUGGGCCGUUACCGAAUUCAGACAGUAAUGUGCCUUCUAGUUCAACACCGGCAUCAGUGGUUAAGCUUCAGGUUUCACCAGGAAGGUUCUCUAGCCCGAGAAGGCGUUUCUCAGGUUCAUCCGGAAUGUUCUCAGGUGUAGUGCCAUCGCCGAAACAAAAGUACAGAAGUAACUUUGAUUUGAAGUUAACUGAAGUUUCGAGAGAGCUCGAGAGUUACAUCUCGAGACAGGUUUUAUGUUCAGUAAUAAAGCAGGAUGGAAGCGAAGCAUCUCCAAGAUAGACAAGUAAGAAACGCUCCCCUUUUCCCGAGUUGUGUUCUCUGUCUCUGAGAAAUAUUUGUGAAAAGAUUUGAUUGGAAACUUUUCCGACAGUGGCGUUCGAUCCAAAAACAAAUACACAUUCCUUCCUGAGAUGUUAUGUUUUGUUUUGUUUUCUCUGUCAUUUCUUCUGUUCUUAUACCUUAUUUA